AUGGCUUUCAACAAAUUCUUUAUCAUAAUUUUAGUGCUCUCUCUUGUUUCUUACUCAUCAUUCACUGAGGUUAAUUGUUCUGCACCUUCACCAAACCCAGCACCUACAAACACGGCUGCUCCACCAUCAUCCCAAGGUCAAUGUCCCAUAGACGCCUCAAAGUUAGGGGUCUGCUGUAGUGUUAUAAGUCAUAUUAUUAUCACCAAUUCUCGUUCGAAUGAUAAUAACUGUUGUGAAUUAAUCGAUGAUUUGACUGAUUUGGAAGCUGCAACCUGUAUUUGUAUUACACUUAAAGCUAAAGCGGCCGUGCUUGGAAAAAAAUUUGAUAUAACCAAUGACAUUGGCGUGAUCCUCAAUACUUGCCAAAAAACGAUUCCUCCUGAAUAUAAAUGUGUCUAA